AGAAAACGCAGUUUCCGCCUGGUCAAAGCGGCAGCGUGUCACACAGCGGCCCGGCUUAGGCGCUUGACCGCGCUGCUCUCUCUUCGUCUGACCACCAUGGACCCAUCGACGAGCAGUAGCACUCAUGCUGGGGACGUCCCCACUCAAUCGCAGCCUGCGCAUCAACCAAAUGGUCUCUCGAUCGACCGCAGAUACCCCGCUACGACCCAUUUUGCUGUUGCGGCUGCCAUACUCCUCCCCGUCGCCUGCAUACCAUACCUCGUCUAUCGCAGGAGAAUACGAUCAUUGGAGUUGCAGCUUCAGCGCUUGAACGAUACCCUCCUGACGCUCCAGGACGAUGCGACUGGCUAUAUCCGUCAGCAGGCCUCAGCCUCUUCGAGGGCACACGCGCGCAGUACCGCUGCCAUCCAGAAUCUCACGAAGGAUCUGUCCUCUCUUCGCAUUCAGAUGAACGAGGAUAUCUGCGCAAACAUGGAGCGUAGCGAUAACGCCGCUAAGGAUAUGGACCAAGUCCUCGCUGCGCUACGCCUGCAUGCCUCACUCCUCCGAUCCCUUGGUGUCUCCCUGGCGGACGUCGCCAACUUCAUGCACGAUCAGGAGCUUAGGCUGGGUCUCAAUGCCUCGCAGAGCCCGCUGGAGGUGGACAAGCUACGGCACAUCGCAGUCCGUUUGCGCGAGCUCAAGGAUACUGCGUUGCCGAAGGCGACGGACAAGCCUGCGGCGUGAGGGGUAUCCCCACUUGCUUUCUCGCUCUGAAGGGGGUCCAUGUGAGUAGCUCUGAGCUCCAUGAACGUUACGGCGUCUUACUUCGCCAAGACCUGAUAUGUCUCUUUUCCCGCUACCAUCCUUCGGCAUCGUGACCCUCUCUACGCCUCUGACUCUCUGGAUUCUUUAUCACUGUAUGUAUGCUGUAUCACCACUGAAAGUGCUGUUGUAGUCGAUCCUUUGUACUUACAUUUGAACCCAUCUGUUCAUGGCUCCUGCUACGUUCAGCCGCCUGUUUCUUUUGCGCUCA